GAAACUUUGGAUUCUUAUUCUCUUAAGUUGGUUGGUCUAUCCAUUAACUGGUUGAUAAAAAAUUAACAGUACUGUGCCUGAAUUGGUGAUGGGGCACAGUAACAAAGCCUACUCAGAUCACAGUUCUCCUAACUCGAAUAAAAGCUCUAAGCUUCUGAGAGACCUCACAGAGACCUAGAAGGUAAUGGACAGACAAAAAAUUUCUCAGGAACUUAAAAAAGAUAAUACGAAGCAGCCAGUAACUUGUCCGUGGGUGGCUAACCAGCCAUAUCCAUCUUCACUUAGCAGUAAAAAUAGAAACGGUGGCCAAAAACGUAAUUCAAACUCACAAACAAAUAAUUGCAUCAAUAAUCACUGGGAACCAUCAUCUUCCCAAAAUGGAUGUUCCCAACAUAACGAAAAUUCAACGUUUUCUUCGAUGCAGCAGUCUUCCAACCAGUUCUUCCUUUUUCUACGUUUGAUGCAGUUAUUUCCACAUACGCAUCCAGCAACCCUACACAGUGUACUGUACAUUUGCAAAAACGAUUUCUUCUGUGCCAUAGAUAAGCUACUUUACGCCAAGAGGUGUAAGAUUUUAUAUAACAACCGAAGAAACCAGAUACAUCACCAGAAAACUGAAAAAUUCACUAUAAUAAAUCAAAACCACAUUGCUGAUCCCCCAGUGAAGAGGCAGUUUUCGAAAAGUGCUGAUGAUGAGAAUGAGUCUGAUAGAGAGCCCAAAAUAGCAAAGAUAAACGAACAGGACAUACAAAUAGAUAAACAAGAGAUCAUCAAUUCAGACGGAGUGAAGCUUUGUGAAAAACGCUCAGGUAUAGAGACACCAGUAGACCCUGUUGGAACAAUUAAAUUCAUAACAAUAAAAACUAACAAUAUACAAGAAAAACAGAAUAUAUCCGCAUUGGAAAACGUUGAUCUUAAAUUUGAUCAAGUGAUUUUAUAAAAAAAAAUUACAUUGGAAAUUUAGUUCAACUAAAGACUUCUUUUUGUUCUAUACUUACAUUACAGAUUGAAUAAAAUUAAAUUAUUUUGCUUCA